GAUAGUGUCGACACAUCUCUUCUUUUAUCGUCUGCUUUUGUUUUGUGUUUGUAACUAGAAGUUUAGGUAUACGUGCGAAAAAUACAUCAUUUGUUUGUAAAUCGUUUUGAACAAUGCUGUUGAUGAAUAUUGGAUUCGAAGAAAAAGAAGUAACUUGCAUAAUUAGGAAUACUGAUUAUUAACUGGUGCUGUUUCAAAUUUCAAUUUAUCCAGUAAUUUUGUGUGAUUGAUAUUAUAAGAAUUAACUAUGGCCCUUGCAGCUGUUAGAAGAAAAUUUAUUGACAUCGGAGCAAACUUGACAGAUCCUAUGUUCCGAGGAAUUUACAAUGGUUCAAGAAAACAUAUGGAUGAUUUGCAUGAAGUAUUGAAGAGAGGUGUUGCAAAUGGCCUUGAAAAAAUUAUUGUAACUGGUGGCAGUUUAGAAGAUAGCAGAUCAGCCUUAGAAUUAGCAAAAACUUGUGAUAUGUUAUACUCUACUGUGGGAUGUCAUCCAACUAGAUGUUUGGAAUUUGAAGCUUGUGGUGAUCCUGGAGGUUAUUUACAGCAACUUAAACUAUUGGCAUUAGAAAAUAGACAUAAAGUUGUUGCUGUUGGAGAAUGUGGAUUAGACUAUGACCGAAUGGAAUUUUGUCCUAAAGAAACCCAGCUGCGCUAUUUUGAAUGCCAAUUUGAUAUUGCUGAAGCUACACAUUUGCCAAUGUUUUUACAUUGUCGUCAUGCAUCUGCAGAUUUAGUAACUGUUAUUCGUCGCAAUAGAGAUAGAUUUCCUGUUGGAGUAGUGCAUUCUUUUGAUGGCACCAAGGAAGAUGCCAAAGCAAUACUAGAUCUUGGUUUAUAUAUUGGUAUAAAUGGGUGUUCUCUUAAAACAAGAGAGAAUUUGGAAGUUGUUGCAACACUCCCUGCCGACAGAUUAAUGAUUGAAACUGACUCUCCUUGGUGUGAAAUUCGUCCAACUCAUGCUGGUGCCAAACUUAUUAAAACAACUUUUCCUUGUAAGAAAAAAGAAAGAUUUGAAUUGGGCUUCCAGGUGAAAAGCAGAAAUGAGCCAGCUAAUAUAAUUCAAGUUUUGGAAGUAAUGGCAGCAGUCAGAGGAGAAGACAUCGAUGAACUUUCCAACAUUAUGUAUGAGAACACCAUUCGUGUCUUUUUUUCAAGAGGAAAAUAAACGGUUUGUUUACCCCUGCCAUUUAAUAUUUCAUAGAUUAAUAAUGUUAAAGAAUGCAGUGUUUCAUGUCAAAAUAAUGGAGAAAAAUUGUUGAGAAUAGGAUAUGUUAAUAUACUGUUAAGAUAUGAUUGAUGCAAAUUAGUGGCAGGGGUUAAGAUUAUUAAUGCAUGGUCAAAAAUAAAUGCUGUGAUAAUUCAUUUAAUUCUAAUAAAUAACUUGUGAUGUGGUAAAAAAUAGUUAUAAUAUCCAUAUACAUUGUGAUUACUGUGUCAUUUUAAUGCCCGUCAGAUAACUUUCACGGGCAAUUUAUAACUGUUAUCAUCAUUGUAUAUUCAUAUCAUCAAAAAAACUUUUCAAAUUGUCAUAAAACAGAAGCGCAGCUUCAAACAUUAUGCAUCUUUAUAAACUCUCUUAUAUCAAAAUUCUGUUAAAAUAAUAUUUAAAAGAAAAAAUGACUAACUUGCUUAUAAUUAAUUCAUACUUCAUUAUUGUAUUGUUGUGCAGUAAUGUCAUUACAUAUAUUAGAUACAAAAAUUAUAGUUUCUUAAAAAAUUCUUGUUAAAAAUAUCAUAAAUUUUGUUAUGCAGGAUUAAAUUGUAAACUCUUGUCUUUCAUUCUUAAAAACCAAAUAUUGAUAAAUACAAACAUUAUUGUGGUAGAAAUACUUACAUGCAAUUUAAAUAAUGCAAACAACAUUGAUUAAAAAGUGUUUCAAUGUGACGUAGAUAUUCUUUUGUGUUCAGAGAUUAAGCUUGCAAUGUGAAAAAUGCUAGAAAUAAACAGAAUUUUCUAAUAAUUAAUAUUAUCCUAAUUUUAACGUCUUACUUUUAUUUUUUAGAAUUUCAUUUUGUACUUUUACUCUUAUUAUAAUUUUAUAAGUUAAAAUCAAGUCUUGAUAAUUUAUCAGAUUAUUUCUUACAAUUUAUAUACUUUAUAGAAUAUUUCUUAACAUAAUCAAAAUUAAAUAUUCAUGUAUUGUAAAAAUUAAUAAUUGUAAUUAUUUAUAUAUCUAAAAUGAUUUAGAAUGACAUUUGGAGGUCAAUAUAAAGAAUUUUUGAUCAAAUAAAAU